AUGGCUGCCGCUCGCAUGGCCUUUGGCGCUAUCCAGCGCCGUGCUUUCUCCGCCUCGGCUAGAGAUCUCUCCAAGGUUACCGUUCUCGGUGCCGCUGGUGGUAUUGGACAGCCUCUGUCCCUGCUGCUCAAGCUGAACCCCAGAGUUACUGAGCUUGCCCUGUACGAUAUCCGCGGCGGACCCGGUGUCGCUGCUGACAUUUCGCACGUCAACACCAAGUCCACCGUCACUGGCUACGAUCCCACCCCUACCGGCCUCGCCGCCGCUCUCAAGGGUGCCGAUGUCGUCCUCAUCCCCGCUGGUGUCCCCCGUAAGCCCGGCAUGACCCGUGACGAUCUCUUCAACACCAACGCCUCCAUCGUCCGCGACCUCGCCAAGGCCGCUGCCGAGUCCGCCCCCGAGGCCAACCUCCUCAUCAUCUCCAACCCCGUCAACUCGACUGUCCCCAUCUGCGCCGAGGUCUUCAAGGCCCGCGGUGUCUACAACCCCAAGCGUCUCUUCGGUGUCACCACCCUUGACGUUGUCCGUGCCUCCCGCUUCGUCAGCGAGCUCAAGGGUACCGACCCCGCCGAUGAGAAGAUCACCGUUGUUGGUGGUCACUCCGGUGUCACCAUUGUCCCUCUCUUCAGCCAGAGCAGCCACCCCGAGCUGAGCUCCAACGCUGAGCUCGUCAACCGUGUCCAGUUCGGUGGUGACGAGGUUGUCAAGGCCAAGGACGGUGCUGGUUCCGCCACUCUCUCCAUGGCCAUGGCUGGUGCCCGCAUGGCCGACUCCGUCCUGCGCGCUGCCCAGGGUGAGAAGGGCGUUGUUGAGCCCGCUUUCGUCGACAGCCCUCUGUACAAGGACCAGGGUAUCGAGUUCUUCGCCUCCAAGGUCGAGCUCGGCCCCAGCGGUGUUGAGAAGAUCCUGCCCAUCGGCAAGGUUGACGCCAACGAGGAGAAGCUCGUCGAGGCCUGCCUGGCUGACCUGAAGAAGAACAUUGAGAAGGGUGUUGCCUUUGUCGCCUCCAACCCUGGCAAAUAA